AUGAGGCCAAAUGCAAACGUCGCCAGUGAAGGCCGACUGGGUGGUGUAGAUGGGUCCACUCAGUUACUGCUCAUAAUACAGGACAUCAUCUCCCUGCUGAAGAGGACGGAUCCUGAUGACGUGCCUGAAUUCGUGGCGAAGGACUUACAUAAGCUGCCCCCCGUCACGUUCGAUCACGUCGACGUCACCAGGCUGUUGAAAGACAUAACGUGUCUUAAGGCAAGCCUGGAGGAUAUGAAGUCCAAGAUGGAAGCGUCACAGGUUACUAUCAAUGACCUGCGUCGUGAAGUAGCGUUGUUGCGCAACGCUGUUUCUAUAAGUGGGUCAUUGGAUGUAUUGAAUGUGAACACUCGUCGCGGGGCGCAAAAUGCGUCCGUCAUCAGUUUUGAGUCGGCGAAUUCGAGUGCGUCACCGGUCGCCGAUGUCGCUGACGAUGCACCCCGCCCCGCCGCCGCCGUUGUUGCCGUGUCAACACCUGCGGCCGAACCUCGCGUAGGAACAUCGACCCCUAAACGCGCCUACGCGGCAGUAGCAGCCACCAACAAGCCCGCUGUGACGCAAACAAAGCGGGCCAAAGCAAAAGGGAGUAAACAAACCCGUGGCACAUCACAGCCACAGACUGGUCCUAAGAAGGUCACGUGCGACAAGGAUGGCUUCAUAAAGGUAGAAAGGAGAAAAAAGAGGCCACCUUGUAGGAAUCAGUGCGGCACCGCACAAACUGGACCCAACAUCCUGCUGCGUCCUGCAGUACCUACGACGCAGUUGUACGUGUCCCGUCUACAUCACACCACGACGGUGGAGCAGAUCGUGGAGUAUGUCCGAUCCAAAACCAACUGGACCUUGAGAGUGGCGAAGUUGGAGUCGCGCCACAAUACGAACUUCAAUUCGUUCAUGGUGCGAGUUCCAACUCAUCACGUCGAGACAUUCCUCAAGGAAGAGUUUUGUAAAAUUGUGCCAAUCUCCCUCCUACUGCUAUCAUCUGCCGAUGGCGACCUGUUCUCCAAGGCCACCAGGACCAAGGCUGAUGAGAGGGAUGUGAGGAACAGUGUGUUCGACUUCAUCAUCAUCGGCGGAGGCACUGCGGGCUGUCUGCUCGCCAACCGACUGUCUGCCGUGUCUGAUUGGAAGGUUCUACUUCUCGAGGCUGGUAUUGACGAGAACAUAGACUAUGACAUCCCAGGAGUUCCUACCAAGGAGUACCGUCCCAUCCUGUGGAACUACCGCACUGAACGUAACGGCUACUCCUGUCUCUCGCGCCCUGGAGGCAGCUGCGAGGUCAAGACUGGGAAGGUGUUGGGAGGGUCCAGCGUCACAAAUGACAUGAAGUACACGAGAGGAUCCAAGGUGGAUUAUGAUGGAUGGCAUAGCACGGGAGCUCUGGCCUCCUUGGACUGGAAGUUCGAUGCGGUUUUAGAGCAUUUUAAGAGUAUUGAGGAUAAUGGUGAUUACGAUGUCCUGAUGAACUCUCACUACCACUCGCGAGGGGGAGACCUACAUGUGCAACGAUUCAAACAUGUCGACAGAUACAUGGAGGUGUUCACUGCUGGCUUCACUGAGAUGGGCCUGCGCACUGUAGACAUUAACACCAAUGUACAGGAGGCAGUCGUUAACAACCAGUUCACGAUAUUCAACAACACCAGGCUCAGUACCAACAGCGCUUUCCUAAAACCCGUGCGACACAGGAAGAAUCUACAAGUGAUCACCGGAGCAUAUGUGUCUAAAAUAGUCAUCGAUAAACAAGAAAAGAAUGUAGAUGGCAUAAUUUACGAGGUGGAGAAGGGCAAAGAGCGACCGGCGUACGCGAAACGUGAAAUUAUACUCGCGGCAGGCGCUAUUAAUAACGUGAGGCUGUUACAGCUGUCCGGCAUCGGCCCCAAGGCUGAUCUCAAGAGACAUAACAUUACAAUGAUCGCCGAUCUUCCUGUAGGACAUAAUUACCAAGAUCAGGUAACCAUCGGCGGCCUUGCGUUCGUAUUGAGCGAUGUCCCGGUCGUCACUGAAGCCGAAGUAAUAAACGAUUUCAAAACCUGGUUCCAAAAUCGCAGCGGACCGCUAGCUUCUAGAGGUAUUGGACAAGUUUCAGCUUUUAUACAACUUUACGAGAACUUUAAUGCCCCCGAUGUGGAGCUGGCUUUAGAAGGUAAUUUUAUUAGAAGCGAUAAAUUUAUGCUGACUAACGUAAGUGUCCACGCAGCAGAGGAAACGAAUCUGCCUUUGCCUUACUAUAAUUUAGUUAAUAUAAAUCCUGUCUUACUUAGACCUAAAAGUAGAGGAAAAGUCAUGCUUAAUAAAAGAAAUCCGAAAUACGGACGACCGGUAGUCCAAGCUAAUUUUCUUAAGGAAACUGAAGAUUUAGAUACUCUUGUAGAUAGUAUUGACAUAGCUUUACAGUUACUAGACACGAAAGAGUUUAAGAAAGCAGACAUAAAGUUCGCACCGCUGGACCUAUUUCCCUGCGAUAGACUAAGUAACAGAGAUCAAUGGAAUUGUAUUGCCCGACAUUACACAAAAGCCAUGAGUAAUCCUGUAGGAACAUGUAGAAUGGGUGAAAAUAGUACCAAUUCUGUGGUUGAUUAUCAACUGAGGGUACAUGGGAUCGAGGGGCUAAGGAUUAUAGAUGCUUCAGUAAUGCCAACACACGCCAGAGCCGGUAUCUUUGCUCCAACGAUGAUGAUAGCAGAAAAAGGAGCAAAGAUGAUCAUUAAAGACUGGAAGGAAAAUAAUGGUCAUUAUUACAACAGACGGUGACAUAAUAAUUAGGUUUUUAGAUAAAUAAAAUAUUUUAUUAAUA